AUGACAUUUCUCAAGACGCUCACUCACUGGAAGAGCUUGCUGAUCAAUUUGGAUGAUCAAUUGAAGGAUAGUAAACUCAAACUUUUUGAAGGUGUCAAACAAUUUGGCUUUGCCAUCUAUUUCAUACUUGAUUCAGUUCAGUGGUUCAAGCAACUCGGAUUUUUCCAGGGGAAAAAGGCUCGGAAUUCGAGAUUGGUGGCUAACAUUGACAUAUAUUGCUAUCGAUUCUGGCUUUUAGCAUUGGUGGGUGCCAUAUUACACAAUCUAAGGCAGUUACAAAUAUCGCAGUCCAGAUGUAAGGAGCUUGAGUCACAGGAUAUUCAGGAGGUGAAUACAAGGGUUAUCGAAGAGGAAGAACAGAUAGUUAAGACUAAAAAGGAUCUCGCCAAGAACUUGCUCGACUCUAUCAUUGCCAUGAAUGGCUGCCACGUGAUUACAGCAUCUGAUGGUGUGGUGGGCAUUUCUGGUUUGAUAACCAGUAUAAUGGGACUUAAGCAGUUAUGGAAGUAG